GAAUCGGAUCAUGGAAGGGAAAACGACUCAGUAGACUGGGCACCAUGGGGUUAAGCAGUUUAGAAUGUGAAUGUGCAACAUGCCCCGCCCCUCCGUGUUGCGACUCAUGAGCUACUUUCACUUUGUGUUCCUGCUUCCAGCAAUGGCGGCUGCUGAUCUGAGAGAGGAGCUGAACUGCUCCAUCUGCCUGGACCUUUAUACCCACCCCGUGAUGCUGCCCUGUGGGCACAACUUCUGCCAAGGCUGCAUUAAGGAGGUGCUGAAUUCCCAGGGGGGGUCUGGGGGUUAUUCCUGCCCAGAAUGCCGAGCUGAGUACCAGAAGCGCCCGGCUCUGCAGAGGAACUGGACUCUGGGGAACAUAGCAGAGCGAUUCCAUUCAGCAGAACCCGGGGUGACUGGGAUUCCCUGCACCUACUGUAUCGGUGCCACCACCCCCGCUGUCAGGUCCUGCCUCCACUGCGAGACCUCCCUGUGUGACGUCCACCUGAAGAUACACAACAAGACAUUAGACCACACGUUGAUUGAACCCACCGCCUCCCCGGAGAAGAAGAAGUGCCGGGCACACAAGGAGCUGCUGAUCUAUUACUGCCACCAAGAUGCCUCCAGCCUGUGUGCCUCCUGCUGCCAGACCGGCCUGCACAAGGGCCACAGGGUGGACCCACUCAAUGAGGCCUUGGAGAAGAAGAAGCAGACGUUGAGGAACCUUCUCCAGACCCUGAGCGCUCAAAGAGCCGACACUCAGAACCGGAUCCAGGUCCUGCAACAUCACAAGGGACAAGCGGAGGCUGAAGCCAAUGGGGAGGCCGAGAGAGUCACUGCCCUGUUUAGGGGCAUUAGGGAGGAGCUGGAAGCCCUAGAGAAGCGACUCCUGAGUGACAUCUCCAGGCAGAAAACUCAGAUGUUAACCCAACUCACUGACCUACUCCAGCAGCUGGAGAUAAAGAAGGACGAGAUGUCCAGGAAGAUCCGGCACAUUGAGGAGCUGUGCAACAUGGCAGAUCCACUCCCCGUCCUACAGGAACCAGAUGGAGUUGCCCUUUGUGGGGCUGAGGGGGCAGAUAAUGAUGAUACAAGGGUCCCUGCUGUGGGACAUCUGGAUGGGGAUCUGAUCUCAGUGACAUUAAGUAGAGGAUUAAGUGAUAUUGUGGCCGGGGCAAAGGGAAGGAUCUACGGGCAGAAGCCAACGGACCUAUCACUGGAUCCAAACACAGCGGCCAAUAAUGUUUUUGUAUCAGGGGAUCUGAAAACUGCCACCUGGUCUGAGGUGAACUUGCACCACACGCCCCGGGCCGAGAGAUUCGAGCACUGCCAGGUCCUGAGCGUGGGGCAUUACACCAGCGGGCGCCAUUACUGGGAAGUGGAGGCCAGUAAGUCCGGGAUAUGGAGGGUGGGCGUGGCCUAUGCCGGGAUAGACAGGGAAGGGGACCAGUCGUGCAUUGGGGACGACAAGAAGUCCUGGUGUCUCUACAUGUUCGACGGGGAAUAUUCGGCGAUACACAAUUCCCAGGAACAGCAGCUCCACCCCCCGUCCCCCCUGCAGAGAAUUGGGAUAUUCCUGGACUACGAGGCCGGACGCCUGUCCUUCUAUGAGCUGAGUGAGCCAAUCAGGCACCUUCACUCCUUCUCCGCCUCUUUCACUGAGCCUCUCCAUGCCGCCCUGCGGGUCUAUAUGAACGGCUGGGUCAGUAUCAGGACCUAGAACCUCUCAUCCUACUCAGAACCAUCUCCAGAAUGGGCAGGACACAAAUAUUUGGGAGGGAGGGGCUUGUGGGAACUGGUUCUGCCAGUCUGGCCAGUUGGGUUCAACUUGUCUCCUAUUUACAGAUAGGGGCAGUUCCAUGAUGUUACUCUAGUUCUGAUAGGUCUUCCUCACCUUGUGACCUUCUCCUGUUUAUCAUUAUGUUUUUUCAUUUAUGUAGUUUCCCAAGGUACAUUGGUGCAAGGGUGCCAGCGAAUAGCAGGGUGACGUGGGCGCGAGUUUGUUGGGUGCGUUAGUUUCCCUUUAAGGUUCCCCAGGCAGAUGUGCCAUGGCCGCCAGUCUCUCCUCCUGGCAGAAAUGUAUAUUUGCCCACAAAGACCCGAAAUUCUGUACUGGGCUCCCUGGCGCCACCUAGUGCUGCAUUAUGGGUAGGCGCCCACCUAUAGACAUUGGGGUGUGAGUCCUUUCUCUCAGUCAAGGAGGAAUAAAGAAAUAGGGGGGGGGGAAACUUCUGUCACCCUCACUGGGCAUCAGGACGGGGCAAUAGGGCCCAUUUAACCAUAUUUCUGCCUGAUAUAAACACAACUUUACAUUCA